AUGUCGCUAACUUUCAACGACCGUGUGGUAAUCAUUACGGGUGCCGGAGGCGGUCUGGGCCGUGAGUACGCGCUGGACUACGCCAAGCGCGGGGCCAAGGUGGUGGUGAACGACCUAGGGGGGACGCUUGGCGGGUCCGGGCAUGACACAAGGGCUGCAGACAAGGUUGUGGAGGAAAUCCGCAAGGCCGGCGGCACUGCGGUGGCCAACUACGACACGGUGACGGACGGUGAUAAGAUCGUGAAGACUGCGAUCGACGCGUUCGGGCGUGUGGACGUGAUUGUCAACAACGCGGGCAUCUUGCGCGACGGGUCCUUUGCCAAGAUGACCGAGAAGAACUUCAGCGCGGUCGUGGACGUGCACCUAAACGGGUCAUACAAGCUCUGCAAAGCGGCAUGGCCUUAUAUGAGGCAGCAGAAGUACGGGCGCAUUGUCAACACGGCGUCGCCCGCCGGCUUGUACGGUAACUUUGGCCAGACAAACUACUCCGCGGCCAAGCUGGGUCUAGUUGGGCUAUCUGAGACGCUCGCGAAGGAGGGGCACAAGUACAACAUCAAGGUCAACGUCAUUGCGCCUAUUGCCAGGUCGAGAAUGACUGAGGGUUUGCUUCCUGAUCACGUGAUCAGGGUUAUGGGCCCUGAGAAGGUGGUUCCCAUGGUUGUGUACUUGACUCACGAGAACACCGAGGUCACCAACAGCAUAUUUGAGCCAGGCGCUGGAUAUUACACGCAGGUGAGGUGGGAGCGUAGCUCCGGCGGACUUUUCAACCCUGAUGAGAAGACGUUUACUCCUGAGGCCAUUCUUCACAAGUUCCCUGAGGUCCUGGAUUUCAAGGACAAGCCCUUCAAAGCUGUUGAACACCCUUACCAACUAGCAGACUACAACGAUUUGAUUUCCAAGGCGCGGCAGUUGCCACCUAACGAGCAAGGCAGCGUGCAGGUGAAGUCCUUGAAGGACAAGGUUGUAAUUAUUACCGGUGCUGGUGCCGGGUUGGGCAGGUCUCAUGCUCUUUGGUUUGCGAAGUACGGCGCCCGCGUGGUUGUGAACGACCUAAAGGGUGCUGACGGCGUGGUUGCUGAGAUCAACAGCCAGUACGGUGAAGGCCGUGCGGUCGCUGACAGCCACAACAUCGUGACCGACGCCGCGGCCGUCGUGGAGACUGCAAUGAAGGCUUUCGAGCGUGUUGAUGUAUUGGUUAACAAUGCCGGUAUUUUGCGUGACCGCUCGUUUGUGAAGAUGACUGACGAUGAGUGGAAUAGCGUCCUGCAGGUGCAUUUGUUGUCUGUGUUUGCACUAAGCAAGGCUGUAUGGCCUAUCUUCAUGCAACAGCGCUCUGGUGUUAUUGUUAAUACCACUUCUACCUCUGGUAUCUACGGUAACUUUGGCCAGGCCAACUACUCUGCCGCCAAGGCUGCUGUUUUGGGGUUCAGUAAGUCUUUAGCCAUUGAGGGUGCCAAGCGUGGUAUCAGAGUUUACGUGAUUGCUCCUCACGCCUUCACUAACAUGACCAAGACCAUCUUCGGCGAGACCGAGAUCAAGAGCUCUUUUGAACCUAGUCAGGUUUCUCCAUUUGUCGUCUUGCUUGCCUCGAACGAAUUUGCAAGAAAGUACAGACGGAGUGUCGGUUCGCUGUUUGAAGUCGGUGGUGGCUGGAUCGGCCACACCAGAUGGCAGAGAGCCAAGGGUGCUGUCAGUUUGGAGUUGGCUACUGCCGAGUUCAUUAGAGACAACUGGGCCACUAUCACCGACUUCUCUAAACCUUCAUACCCAGCCAGUAUUGAUGCGGCCGGUAAUGAUAUGAUGAAGGCGAUCAUGACUGCUACCGCUCUUCAGAGCAGCACUGGUGCUCUAAAGUACACUUCUCGCGACAGUAUCAUUUACAACCUUGGUCUUGGCGCUAACACCACGGAGUUGAAGUAUGUCUAUGAGAACCACCCAGCCUUCCAAGUUCUCUCAACUUACCCAAUUGUUCUAGCUAUGAACGCGGGCUUCGUUGACUUCCCUUCAUUUGCGGACAACUUCGACUACAAUAUGUUGCUUCACGGUGAACAGUAUAUGAAGCUGAACCAGUAUCCAGUUCCAACUGAGGGUAGCGUGAAGGUCGAGACAGCACCCGUUGCGUCUACGAACAAGGGCAAGAAGGCUGCUUUGAUCGUUAUCGGUUAUAAGGUUAUUGACGCCAAAACGAACAAGCAACUUGCCUACACUGAGGGCUCUUAUUUCGUUAGAGGCGCACAAGUCCCUGAGAGCAAGAAGGUUUUGACUGAACGUCCAACGUUCUCUACGACUUCUUUCUCCUCCCCUGACAGGGAGCCAGACUUCGAAGCUGAGAUUGACACCAGUGUUCACCAGGCCGCUUUGUACAGAUUGGCCGGUGACUACAACCCUCUACACAUCGAUCCAAAGGUUUCCAGUAUUGCCCGCUUCCCAAAACCUAUCUUGCAUGGGUUGUGUUCCCUGGGAUGCACUGCCAAGGCCCUAUUUGAGAAAUUCGGCCAGUAUGAUGAGUUGAAGACCAGAUUCUCCAGCUUCGUCUUCCCUGGUGAUAAGCUAAAGGUUAGAGCCUGGAAGGAAGAUGGUGGCAUCGUUAUCUUUGAGACUAUCGAUCUCGACAGAGAUAUGCCUGUGUUGACCAACAGUGCUAUCAAGCUUGUGGGCAGCCAGUCCAAGCUAUGA